AUGUUUGAAUCAAGUGUUUUAAAUGGACUUACACGAUUAAGUAUUGAAAUAGGAAGUAGUAAAAGUCGAACUGAUGAUGAUUUUAUUGAUCGAAUUAAUCAUUCACAUACAACAACUGUGCUUAUGAUAUGUACACUUAUAAUAAUGGGUAGACAAUUUAUUGGUAAACCAAUAGCAUGUUGGACACCGAAUGAAUUCACUAGUGCACAAGUUGAAUAUGCUGCAUUAGUAUGUUGGGUUACUUCAACCUAUUUCAUAUCACCUGAUCAGCCAACAAUACCGUCAGAUUUACCACUACAUAGAAAAGACUCCAUACAUUACUAUCAAUGGGUACCAUUCUUGUUAAUGUUACAAGCUGCAAUGUUUUCAAUACCAUGUAUUAUAUGGCGUUUAUUCAACUGGCAAUCACGUAUCCAUCUCUGGACUGUAAUGGACUUAGCUAGUAAAGCUGGUGAUCUUGAAGAAACAUUACACUCUAGUGUAAAUCAUUUAGAAUACAUUGUUAAACAUUUAGAAGAUGCACUCAUCAUACGACAUCGAUAUAAACAAAGUCGUAAAAAUAACAGUUCUAUAUCAAUGGCACAAACAUCUGUAUCUAGUUCAGUGAAUACAAAUGAACAAAUCAUAAAUAAAGAUAAUUCCUGGUAUGCUAUACUACCGCUUACAAUAACGAAUAGAUCACGUAUUCCUGGUCCACGACCAUGUUCACCACAAUCAAACAGUUAUCUGAAUGGUUUAUAUUUAAUUAUUAAAGCACUUUAUGUUUUUAAUUCAACUGGACAAUUAUUUUUGUUAGCUAGAUUUUUGGGACAAACAACAAUAUUUUUCGGACCUCAAAUGUUAAUUGAUCUUAUAGCUGGUACACAAUGGUAUCAAAGUGGAAAUUUUCCUCGUGUUACAUUUUGUGAUUUGGAUAUGAGGAAAAUGGGAAAAAAAUAUCAUCGAUAUACAUUACAAUGUGUAUUAAGUAUUAAUAUGUUUAAUGAAAAAUUUUUCAUUUUUCUUUGGUUCUGGCUUAUUUGUAUAAGUUUAUUAAAUAUACACAGCUUUUUACGUUGGUGUUGUCGGUCCACAUUUCAAACCAGUCGAGUAUGUUUUAUCAGAAGUCUAUUAUUCAAUAAAAUCUCAAUGAAUAUAAAUAAUAAUAAUAAAUCAGACUAUUCAUCAAAUAAUACUAAUUCAAAUCUAACACAAAAUUCUGAUUAUCAGUCGACUAGUCAACAAUCAACAACAAUACCUUUAGCUGAAUCAUUAUCUUCUGAAUGUUAUAAUGAACAAUUAACAAUAAAUGAUAAAAAAGCAUCAGCAUUUUUUACUGAACAUAUUUUAGGUCAAGAUGGUGUAUUUGUAUUGCGUUUAAUUGCCUUAAAUGUUGGUCAAUAUAUUGCAUCAAAAAUAGCUUGUCUUAUAUGGGAUCGUUAUCGACUUGUUAAUACUACAUCAAAGUAUACACAUAGAAUAAAGAGAAUACAAGAAACAUCAAAGAUGAUGACGACGACCACCACUACCACCACUACAACAACAACAGCAAAAUCACAAACAUCACAUAAUGUAACCAGUAGCAUUAGGCAACUAUCGAAUAUUGUUCAAACUCCACCUAUUCCUGAAAGAAAAGAUAAAAUUAAACAUAAUGAAGAAUCAAAUCAAUCAACAUCUAGUUUAAAUGAAUCAGAUCACAUUGUAAGAAUUAGAACAUUGAAUGUAUCUAGUAAAAUGGAACAAUAUUCCCAAAGUCUACCAUCACAAUCACUUAUAUAUAGUUCAAGAAAUUCUUUCAAUAAUCUCUAUGAUCAUUGUUCACAUUCUGAUAGAAAUUCAUCAAAUAAUUCAAGAAUUCGAAUUUUAAAUCAACCAAAUAAUUUUGUUUAAAAAAACCUACUACUUAUAAGUUUUCUUCUUUUUUUGUUUCUUUUCCUAUUUUAUUAUACAAAUAUAAAUAAAUUUAUGAACAAACUCAUAUGGGAAAUAUCUUUAUAGAUUUUAUUAUAGUGAUAUUUCUAAUACAAAACUUCUUAUGCUCACUUAGUAUUGUUUGUUUGGA